AUUGAGAGUCUCCAGAAGGCGUCUCGUUACGAAUGACUGUCUAAUGGAAAUCGCUUAGAAUCGGAUGCAUCAGACCUCUGAUCACGACCACCCCAGGCAAACCUAAGUGAUCCAUCUCUUUUGGCUCCCAGGACACUAUGAAACGUGGCAACGAGGUGCAGGAGGGUCCAUUUCAGCAGCGUCGUGCCACCCCGGGACAAGAAUCUGCCUUCACGCAGCAGCGCGUGCUUGCACCGGCCAAUGUUGCUGGCUUUGAGCAGGUGCAAGAGGGUAACAUGGCCAGCGGUCUGUCGUUCCAUCCCAUGCAGCAAUACCCGGUGCCAGCUGUAGGGCAAGCAGCAGGGCACCAUGGUGGGGUUCACCACCCUCACCCUCAUCCAACCAACCCCCAGCAGGUGGCAGCAGUGGCCCAUCAGCAGCAGGUUGUCCAUCAAACGCAUGCUCAAGCUCAGGCUCAAGUAGCACAAGUGCAGGGGCACCAGCAGCAACAACAACAGCAGCAGCAGCAGUACCAGCGACUGAAGGUGGAGGAUGCUCUGUCUUAUCUUGACCAGGUCAAACUGCAGUUUGGCAGCCAGCCGCAGGUGUACAAUGACUUUCUGGACAUCAUGAAGGAGUUCAAAUCACAGAGCAUUGACACUCCAGGGGUCAUCAAUCGUGUGUCCAACCUGUUCAAAGGACACCCCGACCUGAUCGUGGGCUUCAACACCUUCCUGCCGCCGGGCUACAAGAUAGAGGUCCAGGCCAGUGAUCCCACGCGGAUCAAUGUCAGCACCCCGACAGGGCACAUCACCCAGCACACUGCGGGCGGUCCCCUGACGGGUACCGGGGUGCAGCUGCAGGCCCAACCAGCGUCUGCUACUCCCCAGCAGCAGCAACCGCAGCAACAGCAGCACCCGAACAAGCCUAUGACGCCGCAGAAGCAGCAGCCGAUACACACCCAGCCACAGUACCACGCGCAGCACGCAGCAAACAAGGCUGUGCACCAUUCUGUAUCAUCAAGCCAUCAUCAUGCCAACCAAGCAGCCACCGCGGGCCACACCUACUCCCAGCCACCGCCGGCCAACCAGGCCCACCCAGCUCCACCCUCGGCCGUCACGGCCUCGCCCCAGCACGCCCACGCUGCCAGCCAGCAACAACAGCAGCAGCAGCCGCAGGCCGUGCAGCAAACACCACAGCAGCAACAACAGCAGCCCAGCCAGCCGGUGGAAUUCAAUCAUGCUAUCAACUAUGUCAAUAAGAUCAAGAAUCGGUUCCAGGGUCAGCCAGAGAUCUACAAAGCUUUCCUAGAGAUCUUGCACACCUACCAGAAGGAGCAGCGGGCCGUCAAGGAGUCCGGAGGUACCUACGUGCCCACCCUGUCGGAGGCUCAGGUCUUUGAGCAGGUGGCCAAGCUCUUCAAGAACCAGGAGGACCUGUUGCAGGAGUUUGGCCAGUUCCUGCCAGACGCUAAUGGUUCGGGAGUCACGGGACAAUCUAAUUUUUCUUUCCAGGAGGUGAUGAAUCGUGUUGCCGUCCGCAACGACCACACGGGCAUUGCCAAGAAGCCUGGCUCUGCCUCCAACAACAAGAAUCGAAGCAGUGCUUCAGGGACAGUCGGGCACAUGAAGCGACCAGGGAGCAGUGCCGUGCAGAUACCAACAAAAAAGCCGAAGACUGGAGCAGUGAAAGACGUUUCCUUAGCUGAAGCAGGCAAGCAUGGGAGCCUCAGUGAGUUUGCAUUCUUUGACAAGGUUCGCAAGGCCCUACGUAGUCAGGAAGUGUAUGAAAACUUCCUUCGGUGUUUGGUCCUGUACAACCAGGAGAUAAUCUCCAGGGCUGAGCUGGUCCAGCUUGUCACCCCAUUCCUUGGGAAAUUUCCGGAGUUGCUGAAAUGGUUCAAGGAGUUCUUGGGGUAUAAGGAGUCUGACAGGAUUGAACACCAUGCUCCUAAGGAACGUAACCAAGGAGAACUCGCCAUGGAAAUAGAUUUUGCCAACUGUAAACGUUGUGGAGCCAGCUACAGAGCCCUGCCCAAGAGUUACCAGCAGCCCAGGUGUAGCGGACGCUCAGCUCUCUGUAAUGAAGUCAUCAACGACACCUGGGUGUCUUUCCCUUCCUGGUCGGAAGACUCCACGUUUGUUGCCUCAAGGAAGACGCAGUACGAGGAGCACAUCUAUCGUUGCGAGGAUGAACGCUACGAGCUGGACAUAGUGAUUGAGGUGAACGCUCACACAAUACGAAUCUUGGAGCACGUGGCCAAGAAGCUGUCGCGCAUGUCCCCGGAAGAGGCCAGCAAGUUUCGGCUGGACAACCACUUGGGAGGCAGUUCAGAGACCAUCCACCGCAAAGCCAUACACAGAAUAUAUGGAGACAAGGCACAAGACAUUAUUGAGGGGCUUAAGAAGAACCCUGUUGUUGCUGUGCCCUUGGUUCUCAGAAGGUUAAAAGCCAAGGAGGAUGAGUGGAGAGACGCACAGCGCAGCUUCAAUAAGAUCUGGAGAGAGCAGAACGAGAAGUACUACCUCAAGUCUCUGGACCACCAGGGCAUCAACUUCAAACAGAACGACACCAAGGCCUUGCGCUCCAAGAGCCUGUUGAAUGAGAUUGAGGCCAUCUUUGAUGAGAGGCAGGAAGCAAUGGGCGACAACACCUCCCCUCACCUGUCCUACACCUACAUGGACAAGCACAUUGUGGAUGACGCUGCCGCUGUGAUCAUUCACCACAUGAAGAGGCAUACAGGCAUCCACAAGGAGGAGAAGCAGAAGAUUAAGCAGCUGCUCCAUCAUUUCCUGCCGGACUACAUGUUCUUGGAGCGGGGUGAGCUGUCCGAUGAUGAAGACGAGCAAGAAGAAGAAACCGUUGAAGCUGCUAUCGCUCUGGCUGGGAUGGAUACCGCACCAUCCGAGAAUGUCUCAUCACAGAAAGAGAGCAAGAAGGCAUCUCUCAUGAUGACCAACGGGCCCUGUGAUGACACUGCCUGGGACUCGGAUGAUGUAUACCACCUGUUCUUUGUCAAUAACAACUGGUACCUGUUCAUGAGGCUGCACUACAUCUUGUGCGACAGACUGCAGAAGAUGUACGAGAGGGCAGAGAUUAUCGCCAAGGCGGAGGGCGGUCCUAACCGUAAGGCAGCAAAGGAGUCCACAGCCGUGGCACUGGGCCUGAAACAGCCAUUGGAGAUUGAACCUGAGGAAUAUUACCCAGCAUUCCUUGACAUGGUGCGUAAUCUUCUUGACGGUAACAUGGAGAGUAAUGCAUUUGAGGACCAGCUUCGUGAGAUGUUUGGGAUUCACGCGUACAUCGCGUUCACCAUGGAUAAAGUGGUGCAGAACAUUGUUCGUCAGCUGCAGCACAUUGUCUCUGAGGACACCUGCAUCAGUGUCAUGGAGCAGUACCUGGCCGAGAUGAAGUCGGGAGGAGCUGGGGGAUCACACUCGUCGGCUGCGGCCCGCCUCAGUGCCGAGUCAGCGUAUCAGCGGAGGGCAGAGCAGCUGCUGGCAGACGAGAACUGCUUCAAAGUCCUCUAUAAUAAGAGUGACAGGAAGUUGACCAUUGAGCUUCUGGACACAGAGGAGGAUCACAGCGAUGACCCAGUGGAGGUCGAGAAGUGGUCAGACUACGUGGAGAAGUUUGUGAACGGCGAGGACACCUCGGCAGAACUGAGGGACCAGCUGGCCAAAAAGCCCGUCUUCCUGACCAGGAAUAUCCGAAGGACACGGCAGCAGAAAGCCGUCACUGAGGAAAGCCGCCCCUCAGAGGCUGACAACAGUCAGGAGAAAACUGAGGAAGCCGACAAGCCCAAUCAGGACAAGAAACCUGAGGACACGGACGAGAAGGAGGACGCGACAAAGGCCAAGGAAAAUGCCAAAGACGAGGGAACGCCCCCUUUGGAGGCGGGGCAAAAAGAAGAGGAGGAGCCCAGUCCGACCGAAGAGAAGGCCAAACCGGCCAAGGAGAAGGGGGCGGAGAAGAAGGAGGUGGAUCCGCUGGAAGGCGUGGACAUGGUCAACAACAUGGAGUGCAAGUUCAACCUCAACUCCUACAAGAUGGUCUAUGUGGUUAACUCAGAGGACUACAUGUACAGGAGGACUGCACUCAAGAAAGCCAGAGAAUCACAUUGGCGGGUGACAGAGCGCCUGGCUGCCCGUUUCAACAAGUUCCUGGAUGCUUGGAAAAGCAGCCACAUCAGCAGACGGCAGGAGGCCGAUGUGGAGAACUGGUUCCUGGGGAAAGUGGACGAUCUUGUGCCCUGCGAGACCACCGUCAAAGAGGUCAAAUCAGCCAAUGGGAUUAGGCGGAAGUUCAUUGUUGACUACUAUGAGACGGAACCCCCAAAGGUAUCGGGAAGUGGUACUUCCUGAAAGUGGCUCGCACUUCAUAACCCUCCCCCUGAAAUUCAAUAUUUAAAGACUGACGAGAUUUAGGGCACGUGUCUCAUAUUUUUUCCCCGUCACAAAGAGGAUUGCUUGUCAUGUAUCAGUGAAGGAGAUGUGAGCCUUGGAGCAUGUUUGCGACUCAUCAGUUAAAAUGUAAACAAAUCUUAUUUGGGACGAAAUGCCAGGCAAAUAGUUGACACUGUCUUUUGUGGGUUUUCGCAAAUCACAGGAGUAAAAAAAAGGUAAUGGUGUGUCCAACAUGCCGUUGUCUGUCACCGACUGUCAAAACACACAAUACUUCUCAGUCUGUGAAUAUUUUGUAAACAAAAAUAGCCAUUUAUUCCUUGUAAAUACAUUUGAAGGACAAAAAGAAACAGUGUACAGAACUUUUGACGUGACUUCGAUUGAUAUCAAACUAAACUAAAAUUAAUGUAACACAAAGUAUUCCAUUUGUAGCUUCAUGUAAUGUAAUCAACACAUUUUUUAUAGUUUUUCUGUAGAGUUUCUGUCACGAUUCCAGAAAAUUGGCUCCGUUUUGACAGUGUAGAUGUGAAUGUGUACUUGAAACCGACAUGUAGGUUCUAGCUUCAGCCAUAAUGUGUGAAUACUCUUUUUUAAAUGUUCAGUUUUGAUAAAAGCUGACUUUGAGGACGAAAAGCUGAUGAAACGAAUUGGCUAGGGAUUUGAGAUGUUGCCUGUGUACAGCUCUGAAAAGCUAUUUUAUUGUAGUUAUUUUCACAACAAAUGGGGGUUGAAGUCCAAGUCGAUUACAAACUUGAAAAUAGUGCUGUGUAUUUUUGUCACUCAGUUCUCUCCUCUGAGGUUUUUAAAGAGUAUUGUAAAAAGUUCAUCGUUUGUAUUGGUUAUCACUUCCAUUUCACUCUAGGUGAAGGAUUACAAUAGAUUUAGUUGGAACAUUCUAGAUUAGGUCGUGUUCAUGAGUUCCGAUUUGUCAAUUUUCCUCAGUCCAGAGGGGGGGCGAGGGGGCAAUUUUUAGCAGAAAACUACCAUGUUACAUUUCAGGCAGUGCCAUGUUUGGGUCCACUUGUUGAAUGUUCUUUUGUUGAUUCUGUUCCCCAAUUUAGCCGAGGACUUCCCAACAAAGAGCUUAUCGGUUGAUUUUUUUAAAUGCCUUGUUGAAUCACAGUCCAACCAAAUCCAAUUGCCAGACCCAAUAUAAGCUGCCAAAAACAGAACUUUCCCUGUGCCAAUUGUUGGGUUCUGUACAGUGAAAUUUGAAAUCAAGGCAGAGGGUAACCCCAGUUGCCACGAUAGAAAUUGUUGAUCUCCUGAUCAGUGAAACAUUGACGAAUCUCUCAAAGAUCGUCUCCUACAGUUCCAGUGUUAUUUGCGAGUUUCAAGAGUAGCAAGAAUGAAAAGACCGACAAAAUAGUUUCCAGAAAUCAUUGUUAUUGAGAUGGAAAAAUGAAACCCUGAACUAGAACAUUCACACUUGGAAAAGUCCCAUUCUGUAUUUAUUUAUUGAAAUCUAUUAAAGGUGAUGUUUUUCAUUUGGAAAGGAGUUAUUCCAAAGAUGACCGGAAGAAACGUGAAACUUCCGGUCAACAGUACAAGAGGAGCUUGUCACAAGUUAACGUGAUGGGCAUUACUGUCAUCAUAGUGAAGAAUCUUCCAAGUACAAGUGUCAAGAUUUUCAGAAAUGGAGUGAUUUUAAUAUUUUUGGGAUAUUUGUACAAAGUAAACAAGUAUUUCAGUGUAGGAACUUCUGAAAAUAAAACCAAGAUAUUGUAUUUGAA